CCUCCUCCUCCCCUCACAGACUCUUUGCUUAAUCUGACCGGGGGAGGACGGGUGGAGGAGUGGGGGGAGGCCACUGGGCAUUUGCCACCACCUCUCCCUCUUUCCUGGCAGCACCCAACACAGCCGCAGAGCCAAAGCACGCAGGAUAUGGGCAGAAAAACAAGUCGUUCCCCCGCCAGGCCGGACUGAGAGCAGCGCGGACCCGGCGCUCCUGGUCAGGCCCUCGCGUACUGGGAGCCCAGGCGGACCAGAUUGACGCUAAUCCGGCAUUAGAAGCAUGUAGCGCCGACAUGCUGGACUCCUUCUGACCUUUUCUUUCCCACUGCCGGGCCUUUUCCUGGACGUCCGUGUUCUCUGGGCCUCCGUCAGGAUGUGGUGACGCCAUCUUCGCUGGCACGCUGAGAGAAGGAAAACCCGGUGGGACGUCCAUGGCCAAAUGUAGAGUCGUGGUGGCCGAAGAAAAGCCGCUAAGCGGCACAAUGUCGGCCAGUCAGGGGAUGAGCAGCAGCGGCGCCUACAACUACUUCCUCAACAUGGUGGCCUAUCAGAUAUGCUGCUGCUGUGGACCGGCCCCCUGCUCGCUCUGCUGUGCCUUCUGUCCUCCGGUCAAGUCGUCCACCAGCACGCGGGUCAUGUACACGCUGUUCCACAUCCUCAGCUGCGCCGUGUCCUGCCUCAUGCUGUCCCGCACCGUCUCCGAGCUCGUCCGGGAAAACGUGCCUUUCUUCAACAUGGUGUGCGACCAGGCGCACGGCGGAGGCCACUGCGAGAUGCUGGUGGGCUACUCGGCGGUUUACAGAGUCUGCUUCGGCACUUCCUGCUUCUACCUGAUGAUGGCCAUCUUCCUGGUGGACGUGAAGUCCAGUCAGGACUACAGAGCGCUGAUACACAACGGCUUCUGGUUCCUGAAGUUCAUCACCCUGCUGGUGACCUGCGGCGCCGCCUUCUUCAUCCCGACAGAGUCCUUCCUGCACGCCUGGCACUACGUUGGGGUGGUGGGAGGAUUUGCCUUCAUCCUCAUCCAACUCAUCCUCAUCACAGCUUUUGCGCACACCUGGAACAAGAACUGGCUGACCGGAGCGGCAGAGAACAAGCGUUGGUACCUGGCGGUGAUGUGUGCCACCCUCUUGUUCUACACCAUCGCCACCAUGGCCUUCACCUUCAUGUACAAGUACUACACGCACCCCGUCGCCUGCCACUUCAACAAGGUGCUGCUGUGGAUCAACCUGGCGCUCUGCGGCCUCAUGUCCUUCAUCGCCGUCACGCCCUGCGUCCGGCAGAAGCAGCCUCGGUCGGGCCUCCUUCAGGCCUCCAUCAUCAGCUGCUACGUCAUGUACCUGACCUUCUCCGCGCUGUCCAGCCGCCCCCCGGAGAAAGUGGUGUAUCAGGGCAUGAACAUGACCGUCUGUUACCCCAGCGUGGGACAGGACGGCAUCCAGAACGAGGGCAACGCCGUGGCCAUCAUCGGAGCAGCCAUCAUGUACUGCUGUGUCCUCUUUGCGUGUAACGAGGCCUCCUACCUGGCGGAGGUCUUCGGCCCCUUUUGGAUGAUCAAAGUUUACCGCUAUGAGUUCCAGAAAGCAACGUGCUGCUUCUGCUGCCCCGAGGAGGAGGAAGCUGAGGAGGAGUUUGUGACGGACGAGGAGAACAAAGGCUGUCAGCAGGUCCUUCACAACGAGACGCAGCGGGUGGCUUACAGCUACUUCUUCUUCCACUUCGUCUUCUUCUUGGCCUCGCUGUACGUCAUGAUGACCCUCACCAACUGGUUCAGCUACGAGUCGGCGGUGCUGGAGACCACCUUCACCCACGGCAGCUGGUCCACCUUCUGGGUGAAGAUGUCGUCCUGCUGGGCCUGCGUCCUCCUCUACCUCUGGCUGCUGCUGGGCCCCCUGUGCAGCUGCCAGUCUGAAUCCAGACCUCGCCGCUCGCGCAUCAAACGGCGAGCGGGAUCCUCUCGCCACGUCUCCGUGACCGUCUGACCCCGGCUGAAAGGGAAGGAAGGGGCGGGCGGGCGGGUGGGUGGGGUUGGUGACGGAGGACGGGACCCAAUGUGGAUAACAGGUCGGACGUGGGUGGAGGUCACGGGGGUCAAAGACUCACACUGCGGUGAGGGGGACCAAUGUAAGGACAGCCGGGCGAAGCCGCGAUGCCGCCGGCGUCGCACUGCGACUUUUAAACCACUCCGAGGACUCGACUGUGGUUUUGGAAACACGCGUAACAGAAUGAAUUGCCAAAGGGAUCAGGAGGAGUGAACUCUCGCUGUGUUGAGGAUCACAGCCAGUAGGUGUAAAGACAUCUAUGAACUUUAAUUCUGUAGUAUAUUUAAUUUUUUAGACUGCUGUUAUUAAAACAAGGGAGAAUUCUAGAUGCUAGUUAAUGUUUUCUUUCGUAUUAAAAGAAUCCACUUUUGAUCAUGAACAAAUCUUUCUCAGAGUUGGAAACAGAACUGUGGAAUUAAGCUUAAAAGUUCUCUUUUCCCACCAAAAGAUCCAAGUUAACGUAAUAACAAAAUAACAUUCUCAUCCGAUUGUUUUUUAGCCUUUGGAGGCUCAUCAACGUGUAGCUGUGAACUUUGGACCUCAUAUUUUCAGCUUUUGUGCUAAGCUAAAGCUUAGCUUUUAACAUGAGCUCCAUGAGUAUCCCAAAUUGUCAAAUUUGGGAAAACAUUUGUUGAGGACUUUUCAAUCCAGUGUGUUAAUUAAUUUAUCUAAAUUUAAUUAAAAUCACCCGCAGCAAUGACGACUGGUUUCACAGAAUAACAGAAUGAACUUUAUUUUGUUCGGUGCUAACCGUUACAAACCAGAGAAUUUACUGGCACAAACCAUUUCAUUUUAACAUUUCAGUCAAUUAUGGACUCUCGUCUCGUUUACUUCAAAUUAACUGAGAGAAUCGACUGAUAAAAAGCAAAUGAAGGAUUAUUAGGAGUUCUUUACGAUAAGAGAAGGGAAAACAGCACGAGAGACGACAUUAAAACAGCACAUUCAAACCUCAAUGGGGAAAUAAUCGAGAUUAGUUGUUGCAAACAGGAAAUUCAGUUUGUUUUAACGUUUAUUUGGGUUUUAUUGCACAUCAAUUUAUUUGCGAUUUUUCUAAUUUGCUUUGUGAUUUUACAGCUGUUUUACAGAUUUUGUUUGUCACCAAAUUGAAAACAGCAUGAAAGCACGCGGGUGGAGACGCGCCGCCUGAGGCCGACUUAAAGCUGUUUCUGUUUUCCAGCCUGAAAAGCCCAAGAAAGAUUUGUUCAUGUGCAUGAAUAUAAACGGAGGACGUCGCGGCCCGUCAGUAUCUUCUCUGCAUUUUUUCACCAGAUGGAUCUUUGAAUGCUCAGAGACGGCCGGUCGCACAGAGAGGCAGCUAAACAGAAAUACACAAAAGGUUUUUUUAUUGGCGUAAACAAUAUUUUGCUUCUGACAGUGAGGAACUCGACGCUCGCAUUUCGGGUUUUCAUCAAUGACUUGAUUCUUGUUUACAUUUUUAUUACGCAUGUGUUGCUCCUUUUUGAAAAAGAAAUUGGAACCAAGAGUGCUAAAAGAAAAAGAGGAACAAAUACUAAAACUUCCAGACGGGAUAGAGGCUCUCUGUCUCACGCCUUCAGAUGAAGCAGUCGAGGCCACUGUGAUCUCACGGAAAUACGUGAAAUGACCACGAGCUCCGAGACGCGCUUCGCUUCUCUGUGGUGUAAAAUGAUGUGCUGCUUCCACGGAGACAAUCUUUUCUCUACGAAGGAAACUUAAAGCUAGAGAUUGAGACCAUGAACUCGUGUUUACAUUGUUUGCUGAGGGAAUGAGAGACGUCAUUUUCUCAUAGACGUCUACGGGACCGGAGGAGUCGCCCCCUGCUGGUCACUCAGCCGAUUCGUAGGUCCUGUCAGUCACCGAGUACAACAGAGUAUUCAGACAAGGAGUUAUUUUAUUCGUUUGAAUUUUGGGUCACUUAAUUUGCAAACAUACUUUCAGCCAAAUGAAGAUAUUUCCCCUGAAAACGUACAGCGUGGUUUUGCUGUCCAGGCGGGAAAAGCUGUGCGGACACAAAGCUUUAACAAUUUACGCUGAGAGGUCGGAGUCAUUUCCCGAAUUCCUGUGAGCCGCGUUGGCCGAGGCAACACCCGGCUGUGAAAUUAAAAAAGUAGAAAAAUGAUUAAUAGCAAAUAAAAGUAGCCCCUCACACGUUGAUGUUGAUGUUGAGGGACCCUGCGACUGACUGCGAUGACUUCCUCAUAAUGAUUUCAUGAUGAGCAGCGGCUCGGUCAUGAAGUAAAUACAUCAUCUGUAGUUUAUAUUCAGUGUUUUCUUUGUUGCAUAUGUGCUUUUUUUUGUAAAUACAUUGUUUUCUUAAAAACG